UUCUGAGCAGAGAAAAUAAGUUGUUUUUUUUAACAUUAGUCUGGAUAUUAGGGUUUGCUUCUGGUUCCAAAUCUAUCGAAGAACAGAGUCUUUUCAACGUCACUGGUAAGAGUUGGCUAUCCCGAGUGACUUCUGGUUCAUGAAGUCUUGACUGGGUAUGUCAAUUUAGUAGCUUUCAGGUUAUGCAAGGGACAUGGGGAGAAUCUAUCUCGAGUAGAGCCGGCAAUCUUGAUCCAAUCCAUUAGUCCAAUCCAGUCCAAUCCAUUUAAAUUGAUCCAAAUCCAUUUAGUCCAAAUCCAUUUAAUCCAUGGAUAAAUGGAUUGGAUUCAUGGAUAUCCACUAAAUCACUAACCUAUACCAAAAAUCAAAACAAAACAGUCGGAGCCUGAGCCCUGAAGCAGUCGGAGCCGUGGUGGGCAGGGGCCAGGGAGUGAUUCCGGCGAGCUGCUGUGCCCUCCCCUCCUCCCUCCCAAAACCGUCUCCCAACUCUGCAUCCUCUCCAACCGAUUCUACUCCGCCUGGAAUUCCACCCCUUCUCUUUCCUUCCACCACUCCGAUGCCGGCCGCGGCGGAGUCGGACAAGAGGAGGAGAAGCGAGAGCGAUUCAUCGACUACAUCAGCUCCACCCUCGCCCGCCGCGCCCCUUCCUUCACCCUCGACGAAUUCCGAAUCCAAGCCCCCGCCCUCGCCCUCCCCUCCUCCCCCGCCUACCACGACGACCGCGUCGCCGCCUCUCUCCCCCUCUUGAACCCACCUCGUCAGUCGUCGCCUCCAAAAACCACUGCGACCUCGUCGCCUCUCUCACCCUCUCUCACCCACCUCGUCGCUUCCUAUUCCAGACAACACCGUUCGCGCCGCCUCCUAUCCAGACCCACCUCGUCGCCUCCUUCACGAAGGUCAGAAACUCGCCUUCCUCUCCAUCAUUUCUCGGCCAGCUCCAUCAAGGAACGUUAAUCACUCCAUUCGCCCAAACCCACGAACUGAAAUUUUGUUCGUUGCUUCUCCGCUCCGCCGUCUCAAAGGUUGAACAGACUUGCAGUGAACUUGCGUCGGCGCAGGGAUGUCUAGUCAACAAAUGAAUGUUAUGGGAAAUGAUGAUGGUGGUAGUUCUGGAGAUGAGGCUCAUUUUGCAGCAAUGUCGACGUCUACGGUUCGAACAAGUGUUCAACGAAAGCGACAAAGAACUUCUAAGGCAUGCGAGACAUUUACUUUUAUCCCUGGGAAUCAGUUUGCAGAUAAUAUAUCAAGAGCACAGUGCAAAAACUGUCCCAAGCUUUAUGUGGUUGGUAAAGGUAUUUCUAAUCUCACUCGUCAUAGUUUUAAGUGUAUUGGACGUGCAAUUGAAGUGCCAGUGUCGAAUGUUGGAAGCUCAAAAGCAAUAGAUCAAAAUAGAUUUAAGGAGCUAAUGGCUAUGGCUAUCAUAAAACAUGGGUAUGAAUUUGCAAUGGUUGAGCAUGGUGGACUUCAGGAUGUGAUGGCCUACUUGAAUGAUGAUUUUAAGUCAUUUACUCGGAACACUGCUAAGUCACAUUGUUUGAAGAUUCAUAAGAGGGAAAAGGAAAAAUUGAAAACUAUCUUGAGCAAGGUUCCUGGCAGGCUUUGUUUGACUUGUGACUUGUGGACUUCUUGUGCUACAGAAGGAUACCUUUGUCUCACGGUUCAUUAUGUGGAUUUUGAAUGGAGGUUAAAUACUAAGAUCUUAAACUUCUGUCACAUUCCCCCUCCACAUAGUGCAAUAGUUUUGUUUCUAGCUAUAUAUGAUUUGUUGAAAGAGUGGCAAAUUGAGAAGAAAAUUUUCUCAAUUACAUUGGAUAAUGCCAGAUGCAAUGAUGUUAUGCAAAGUUUGUUGAUCGAUAAAUUGAAAGAAGAUGAUGCUUUGGUAUGUGAUGGAGAAUAUUUUCAUAUCCGUUGUGGAGCUCAUAUUCUAAACUUGAUUGUGAAUGAAGGGUUAAAACAAAUUCGUGCUUUAAUAGAUGUAAUUAGGGAGUGGGUGAAAUAUGUCAAAGGGUCUGAAUCUCGAAUGAUUGUCUUUGAAGAUUGUGCAAAAAGAAGUAAUUGUUUGAGUUCUAAAGGAUUGUGGUUAGAUUGUCCGACUAGAUGGAACUCGACAUACAUGAUGCUUGAAAGAGCUGAGCUCUAUCGUCGUGCUUUUCAGCAUUUGAAGUUGGUUGAUAGGAAUUUUGAUCGAUUUUCGUCAGAUGUGGAAUGGGAGAAGAUCAAGAAAAUUAAGAAGAUUUUGAAACCUUUUGAUGAUAUCACUAACCUUUUUUCUGGAGUGCAUUAUCCUACUUCGAAUUUGUACUUUUGCAAUGUAUGGAGGAUUCAGAUGCGGCUAAUGGAGGCAUCUAAAAGUAUGGAUAGUGAUAUUCGAAAUAUGGGUUUAGCAAUGAAGCAGAAGUUUGAUAAGUACUGGGACUCCUAUAGUAUGAUCCUCUCCGUAGCAGUGGUUUUUGAUCCACGGUACAAGAUGGAUUCUGUGAGGUUUUGCUAUGAGAAGUUGUAUGGGGACAAUGAUGUUGCUAAAGAAAAGUGUUGUGAGCUUCGAGGGAAGAUAUGUGAUUUACUGAAGUUGUAUGGUGAUCCUACUGAUCAAUCUCAAUCCCUUGCUGAGGAUUUUGCUGAAGAUGUUGACUAUGGAGAUGAUAUGGAUGUAAGUAAACAUGCUUCUCAUUUUUUAUGUUCUUUCAGCUGUGCUACUUGUGCUUGCCCUUGCUGAAUGCAAUUUUCCAGAUGUCAUAUGAGAUUGAUUCCACAGUAAUCAAUCUUAGUGGUAG